GCAAGCGGCAAGGAGAAACGAGUUGAGCACGCAUCCAUGGGGUUCCACUUCCUCGGACCGCGGCACUAUGGUCACUGGAAGCGCCAGGAGAUUCUCGGUGCGUCGGGUGUCCCGCUUGGAUGCAUGCGAUCCGUGGAAGGAGCUCUCGCCCGCGACUUGGAGCAGCUUCUGCCCACGCUCAUGGGCGCACGAGAUUACCGCGGCGCAGCAGCGAUUCUCAACGUGAUUUACGCGCACUUUAUGACCGAUCCAGCAUCAUGUGUCACGACGAGUUUGGAAAUCCUGCGCCGUCUACCUGAUACGACACCAACCCUCGUCGAGUUCUAUGAAAGUCUUAUUGACUGGCAGUCUGCGCAUAUCAGUAACGACGUGAUCGUCCGCGAGCGGUUCCUCCUGUACGUGCUGCAAGGGGACUUGCACGAAGCGUACGCGUAUUACAAGGAGCACAUGCAAUUGGAAGUGCUACAACAGGAUGUGCAUGUCGUCGCGAGCUUCGGCAUGGUGUGCUACUGGCUCCUCUUCCGCGAAGAUCAAGAGCUUCGAGACGAGUACAUAACGUCGUCUGGGUGCGCUACCAACUUCAGCACCGACGACGGCGAUGUCAGCAGCUCCGCCGCGGCACAGUUUACCCAGGACGCAUCAUAUCCCAUCCAGCACGGCGUCGGCACUGCCACAUUGUAUCAAGAAGCGCUCGUGAGCUUUCGUCGAGCGAUGACGCUCAGCCCCGAGAGCAACGUCUUUGUCGAAUACUAUGUUCAAAUGCUCGUGAUGAAGAACGAUAUCGAGCUGGCUGCCGACUACUUGGAAUACUUCUACCAUCUCUACCCGACAGAGCCCCACGCGUGCCGCAUGUUGUUCGACUUUUACACCCAAUUCUUCCCCCAUUCCACCGCAUGCCGCGUCGAGAUUUGCAUAAGAUGGAAUACCCUCGAUCCCUCGACAUUAGUGCCAUUGAAAGCCCUCGUGCAGAGCCACGAGAACGACGUCGUGGCGAUGGAAGUCCUAGCUGAGUGUCUGUGCCAUUCGCUCGACCAUUGCGGGAGCGCUGUGUAUAUGCAGCUGCACCCCGACACGGCGCUGUGGUUGUGGCAGCAGCUUGCCGACCUUCUUGGACCUGUGUCGCUACCCGGUGUAUCGAGAGAAGUAGCAGCAUGUUUCGAACCGAGACAGUGGUGGCAGCGAGUAUAUUUUUCCUUUGCGGGUCCCACAGACGAGUUGACGCAAGUACAAGUACUGCAAUGUGUGGUCGUUGCCCGUGUGUGGGGUCUCGAAGCGCUGUCGUCCACGAUCCGCCUUCACGAGCUCGUGGAUUCGCCGGAAGGCGUUGUGCGCGCCAUCGCGAAACGCUUUCACUUGGAUGUGCUUGCACCCCGAUCGACUCCACCAAAAAUACCCACCACCGAUCCCAUCCUUCGCGUGUGGACUACGCAACUGAGUUGGCGGCCAUCACUUGGGCAAUUGCGCACCCCACACGUCCUUAAACGGCCGCAAGUUCUCACUUCGUUUGACGUGGAAGAUGCUGUUCAAGUACAUGAGGUUGCGUUGGACGCCGCCCCGCCAUGUUGCCGCAUUCAACGGCCACCGAAUUGUGAGCCAAGUGUGAUUCACUCACGCCAUUCGACGAGGCAGCAUCCGUAUUUAUGGCUCAUGAGCCAGCGAAGUGGCCGCACCAACCCGUGGCAUAUCCAAGUGGCGUCGACGUCCAUUCACGCCGUCGACCCGCCGAGGGAAGCUGGCGUUAUGGUCGAUAUCGCCGACACGCCCGACUUCACGGCCAAGGACUGCUUUGCUGCCGCAAUGGAAGACGAGCUCCUCCUGUCCACCAAACACGAAAGUUCCAUCAAGCCACCACAUUUAUGGACGUCGUACUUGUACAAGAACCUUCCCACGCCGCCGACCCUCCAACAGGGUUCGACCAUUAUCCGCGCUCUGCGCCACAAGCACCCGUUCCAGCCGCAGCAUCGCAUCCCGGCACGCUUUCUCCACUGGAUCCAGCAUUACAUGUUGCGACAUGGAGUUCGCGCCACGCCGGACAAGUGCCGGUUGUACUUAGAGGCGCAGUGGCGCCGUCAGCGCGGUCGAUGCCGCGGCCUUCCGUCCUCGGAUGCGGUGGCGCUGGCAAUCGAGUAUUUCAAAACCAACCCAGCGAUCCUCCCACGCCGCAUCCGCGAACGUUUCCGGGAGUUUGUUCUCAGUCAUGGAAAGCACAUUUCGCUCGUCGACCUUUGCCGCGAGUUUUACACGCAGUUGGAGGCUCGAAAGCCGUCGAACCUCCCGUUCUUUAGCGUGUUGUUUGCUACGACCAAGCAGUGGAUGAUGACCGGAUUCAAUCGCGGCAUCUGCGCCGUCACUGCAUGCUAUCCCCCUGGCGAACUCAACUGCGAUGACGACGACGAUGUAUGGAAUCGAGCCCUCAACGAAGAGCCCCCCGUGGCCGAGUCCUCCUUCCUUCUCCCCGCCAACCAGCGGUACCUGUCGUCGAUUGAAGAAUGGCUGCGCACCGAGUCGCCCGUCACAAACGCGACGCUGGUUUACUACAUGCACAUGCACUUUGACGCGACGAGUCCCGACUUUCCGUCGCCGCCGUCCGUCCUCUCUGCCAUGAUCGACUACGUGCGCGUGCAGCUCCAUGCCGAGCUCGCCGACGUGCCGACGCUGGAAGACAGCAUCUACUACUCGCUGCCGAAAACCAUCAUGCACAAGCCCAAGUACCGCAAGUACCUCGAGUCAUGUGUCGUGCGUCAUCCGAACAUGCCGUUUGAAGAUAUCGUGCGCAUCAUGCUGGACAAGGCCCAGUUGCCGCCGUCGAAAGACAACGUCCCGUCGAUGCGCGAACUCUACAGGUGGUGGAAAGCUACCGUGAAUGACCUUGUCUGCGCCGGUCUCGGCCACGGCACUCGAGUUCCCGAUUGCACGUUGGAAGAAGCGGACGUCGCCAGGGUUCCACCCGUCUUGAAGGACUGGUUGGGCGACAUUGAGACGGCCAAAAAAAAGUUGCCAAAGAUGCUCAACCUACCCGACGACAUGGAGAUCUUUGCGAUCUAGUCACCGCCAACAUGCAUCGACCAGCCCAAUUCAAGACACUUGUCUCGUGUAAGUCUUCGUGGUUUGCUUCCACCACAGCAGUGGCCAUGCCACCGGUGGCAGCGUCGAUGUGUCCUCGGCUUUGACGAUGACGCUACAAGACUACGUGGAGUGGGGGUUGACCAGCGCUGCGAUCUUGGUCGUGUUGUGCCGCACGGUGUGCAAGAGUUGCUGGGUGUCCUUGUGGUUGGGUCGAUCGUGGAUGGACCGAUGGAGGCGGGUGGUGGUGGGCUUCUUGGUGUGUUUUUCGAUGCUGCGCUUACACGGCGACGUCAUCUGCAUGCCGCUCGAGAUGGACUCGGUGGAGGACUCGAGAGUGACUGUGGCCGUGUUGGGGGUGGGUAGCUGCGGCGCACGGAGCUGCGGGCAGGUGGUGACAUGGGCCAGCGAGUCCUGGACAACGUGACGCAAGUGUACGUUCUUUGCCCCGUUCGGGUAAAACAUUGGCGCCGACAUCGUGUGGGACGCUAAUGGAGCGAUUCCCGUGUGUUUCAAGUCGGGAAUGUGAAUCGGCUCAACGAGAAGCUGCGAGUGGGCUUGGUCCUUUGCGCCGGCCAUGUCGUCGACGUGGCUAAUGUACUGGCGCGAUUGCACAGUCAUGACGUCCAGGUACGGCGUGUGAUGGCGCUUCGGACGAUGGUGCGACGUGUGGCUAUCAUGCCGACCGAGGGACUCGAGAAGGAGAUGCGUGCUGCUCAUGUCCGGGCGCCGUGAAACGGUUCAAGGAAUGCGCGGUUUCAUGAGCACCACGACGCGGAAGGUCAGCC